AUGGAGUCCACGCACGCUCUUGAAGAUGGCACCAUCCAGCUGGACCCGAAAACCGGAACCGCCUUCAAGCUGAACAAAGGCCAACGCCUGACCGUCAUUGACGUCGAGGGCGUGCAGGUGGCAGAUCUCCUUGCCUUCUCUCAAGCAGAUUCUAGAGAAGUUAUCUCUGGUGGGAGGACACUGGACUAUGCCAGCCGACUGUUCCUCACCACGGGCGACCCGAUAUACAGCAAUCGCAGCAAUAUCAUGCUGAAUAUCGUCGAAGAUACUUGCAAACGCCACGACUUCCUCCUGACUCCGUGCUCCAAGGACACUUUUCGGAUCAUCUAUGGGGACAAGGAUCCGGCGCCCGGAUGUUUCGGAAAUCUCGCAAAUGCGUUGAAGAAGUUUGGUAUCGACGAGGAUCAGAUCCCAACAGCCUUCAAUUGUUUUAUGAACGUCGUGGUAGAUGGCACCACGGGUGAGCUCAAGGUCGACCCUCCCACUUCCAAAGCCGGAGACCACAUUGCCUUCACGGCCGAGAUGGAUGUGAUCAUUGGCCUGACGGCUUGCUCAGCUCUGCAAUCGAAUGGUGGCAGCUUCAAGCCGAUUCAGUAUCGCAUCAGUGGUUGA